CUAAAAUGUCAGAUUAUUGCCUAAUUCGUGUUUGUUUUUAAGGUUAUACAUUCAAUUUAUAAUAUAUAUGUUUUUUAAUAUUUAGUAUUACCAUUAAAUAACUUUAAUGGAAGAUAAGAGACCACAAUUCGGAAAUAGAAUACUUGAAAAUGUGGACGAGGUCUUCAAACACAAUGCUUGGUACUGUGUUCAAUGUUUCUAUUAGAUAUUGUAAAAAUAUUAAGAUUCCAGAUAAAAGUAUUUCAGACUUGGAACUAACGAGACACAGGAAAAAACCACCCGGUGGCAAUCGAUACCUUACUGAUAGCAAACUACUGUAUCUUUUUAAUGCCUGGGACAAUGUUCAGUGGAAUGCUGACCAAGAAAAGGCAGCAGCCGAGAAAGUUGAGCUGAAUUCAACAGUCACAUUUUCUGAAGAUCGCCUAAAAGAUUUGGAAGAAAAUGCUGAUAAACACUGGGAUGCAUUUUAUGAUAUACACCAAAACAGAUUUUUUAAGGAUCGUCACUGGCUGUUCACUGAGUUUCCUGAGUUAGCACCUGACUACAAUUCAGCUCCUGUCAGAGUAUUUCCAGAUGGUGAAAAUAAACAAUCAGCUCCGGAUACAAUCAAACAUAAUCAUGAAGAUGCACACAAUUCUAAACGCUAUAUUUUUGAAAUUGGUUGUGGUGUAGGAAACACAAUAUUUCCAAUAUUACAAUAUAGCCAGGAUCCAAACUUAUUUAUUUAUGGUUGUGAUUUUUCAUCAAAGGCUAUAGAAAUAAUGAAACAGAAUGAACUGUAUGAUACGAAGAGAUGUGAAGUGUUUGUUUUGGAUGCCACUUCUAGUGAUUGGCAGGUUCCAUUUGCAGAGAACUCUUUAGAUAUUAUUGUUUUAAUUUUUGUUUUAUCAGCUAUAGAUCCGACAAAGAUGACAAAUGUUAUUGAACACAUAUAUAAAUAUCUGCGACCAGGCGGUUUGGUCGUUUUCCGAGACUAUGGCAGAUACGACUUAGCACAGUUAAGAUUCAAGAAAGGCCGGUGUAUAUCUGAUAACUUUUACGCACGAGGGGAUAACACUAUGGUGUAUUUUUUUACGCAAGAAGAAAUAUCAAAUCUAUUCAAAAGUGUUGGCUUUGUAGAAGAGCAAAACCUAAUCGAUAGAAGACUUCAAGUGAAUAGAGGGAAGAUGCUGACAAUGUACAGAGUCUGGAUCCAAGCUAAAUAUCGUAAACCUUAA